UUAGAAAAGUAUACAAGAGGAGCACUAGAUUCUAAUCGCACCACCCCUCACCUAAAAUCUAAUCUUUAUCAUCCUUCUCCACCUCUAAUCGGAUAAAAACAUGGAGGCAGUAACGGCGAUGAAGCCACUGAUCAGAGUCGCUGCUAUCUCCGGUUCUCUCCGGAAAGGCUCUUUCAACACCGGUCUCCUCCGCGCCGCGAUCGAAUUGACGAAGGAAUCGGUACCGGGGAUGCAGAUUGAGCAUAUAGACAUAUCUCCGUUGCCGUUGAUCAACACCGAUCUGGAAACCAACGGGACUUACCCUCCCGUCGUCGAAGCUUUCCGGCAGAAGAUCCUUGAAGCCGAUAGCAUUCUCUUCGCUUCCCCUGAGUACAACUUCUCUGUCGCAGCUCCACUUAAGAACGCGAUCGAUUGGGCCUCGAGAUCACCUAACGUUUGGGCUGACAAACCUGCUGCCGUCGUAAGCGCCGGUGGAGGUUUUGGUGGAGGAAGGUCGCAGUACCAUCUUCGACAGAUCGGAGUGUUCCUUGAUCUUCAUUUCAUCAACAAACCGGAGUUUACUAUCAAUGCGUUUCAGCCGCCUCAGAAGUUCGAUGCUGAAGGGAACUUGGUCGAUGAAGUGGCUAAGGAGAGGUUAAAACAAGUGCUUGUCUCGUUACAGGCUUUUACUCUGCGACUUCAAGGUAAGUGAGUGGAGGGGAAGUACUUGAGAUCGUUUGUGUGAGUGAAAAUAAUGUCGAUUCUUGUGAGAUAAGAAACAGUGUAUUUGCCACUUGUCCUAUCAAUAUUUCUAUUUCUCAUUAAUAUCGUAUGUGUUGGCAUAUGAUACAACUAUGUUUAUUAAACGAGUGAUGCUUUUUGUUUCA